CUCUCUCUCUCUCUCUCUCUCUCUCGCAGCAGCUGGGCGCCAACGCAUCCGGAGGAAAUCGCUUCGGACUGGAGCAGCCCCGAGAAGCGCGCUCCAUAGACCAGGAGCACUGAAGGUGUCCCCGGAGAGCCGCUGUCAUCGGCCUCCAGUGGAGGUCAGCAAACCUCCUGGGCAGUCGGAGGCCAGGCUGGCAGCGCUGGUGGCUUGCCCAGAGGGACGAACAGACACCGUAUUUCUCCAACAACAGCCCCCAGCGGCCACCAGCGCGGCCCGGCCAGCAUGGUGGACCACCUGCUGCCGGUGGACGAGACCUUCUCGUCGCCCAAGUGCCCCGUGGGGUACCUGGGGGACAGGCUGGCCGGCCGGCGGCUCUACCACAUGCUGCCCUCGCCCCUUUCCGAGGACGACAGUGACGUGUCCAGCCCCUGCUCCUGCGCCAGCCCCGACUCCCAGUCCCUCUGCUCCUGCUACGGCGGUGGCCCCGGUGCCGAGGGACAGGACAGCAUCUUGGAUUUCUUGCUCUCCCAGGCCACCCUGGGCGGCGGUGGUGGCGGCGGUGGCAGCGGGAGCCUGGGGGACAGCAGUGGCCCUGUGACCUGGGGGACGUGGCGGAGGGCCCCGGUGCCCUUGAAGGGGGAGCACAUUUGCUUCCCAGAGUUCGCGCUGGGGGACCCCGAGGAGGUGGCCAGGCCCUUCCAACCCACCCUGGAGGAGAUCCAGGAGUUUCUGGAGGAGAACAUGGAGCCGGAGGCCAAGGGGGCCCCCCAGGGCAGCGGCCAGGACUCGGGGGCCUGUGGCCAGCUCCCCACGGGGCCCCUCAGGAGCCACSCGCACGCGGGCCCUGGCGGGAGAGAGCGCGGUGCCCCUGCGCCCGGGGGCGCGAGCGCGCAGAGCGCCGCCGAGGGCCCCUCCGCCGAGGGCGCAGUGCCGGUCCUGCUGCAGAUCCAGCCGGUGCCCGUGAAGCAGGAGCCGGGCGCRGGGCCGGCCUCCCCUGGCCAGGCCCCCGAGAACGUCAAGGUGGCCCAGCUGCUGGUCAACAUCCAGGGCCAGACGUUCGCCCUGGUCCCCCAGGUGCUGCCCUCCUCCAGCCUGAGCCUGCCCUCCAAGUUCGUGCGCAUCGCCCCCGUGCCCAUCGCCGCCAAGCCCGCGGGGUCCGGGGCGCUGGGGCCCGGGCCCGGCCUGCUGGGGGGACAGAAGUUCCCCAAGAGCCCGGCGGCCGACCUCCUCAAGAUGCACAAGUGCACCUUCCCUGGGUGUCACAAGAUGUACACCAAGAGCAGCCACCUCAAGGCACACCUGCGCCGGCACACCGGGGAGAAGCCCUUCGCCUGCACCUGGCCCGGCUGCGGCUGGAGGUUCUCACGCUCCGACGAGCUGUCGCGACACAGGCGGUCCCACUCGGGCGUGAAGCCUUACCAGUGCCCCGUGUGCGAGAAGAAGUUCGCGCGGAGUGACCACCUCUCCAAGCACGUCAAGGUGCACCGCUUCCCGCGGAGCAGCCGCGCCAUGCGCGCCGCCAACUGAGCGCCCGUCCCCAGGGGCCCGGUUCUCUCCGGUCCUUGUCUUUUCCUUUUCCUUUUUUUUUUUUAAGCAAUAAUUUAUUGGCCUCCUGCUGAGGGUCGCCACGGUGUCCCAGCCCAGCGCUAGGAGGCGCCAYCCUGGGCAUCACCCUGAGCCCGCCACCUGCUGCCUUCCCCCAGGGGGCACUUAGACUCUGUCCACCCGAGUCCCUGGGGGCUGGGCCCCCAGCGCUGGGCCCCGACGACGACGACGCCGGCCUUAGUGCCUUUAUCCCUUUGUGCCUUCCCACGGUGGCCCGGCCUCUGCAGCAAGCCACCAGCUGGAAGCAGGGUUUUUKGGGGGGUGGGGGUGCCUGGCCCUUCUCCCACUGGGCUCCCCGCUUGGGCCAAAGCCAAGCCUCCACAGCUGGGGAAGAAAUGUGCAGUUCCCAGAGGGAGUCAUGCCGGGAAGAAGGAAGUAGGCCAAAAGUCCAGGGCUGCACUGUGGUGUCAGAGCAGUUUUGCCCAAGUUGCUUGUUCAGCACGAUUGGCAGAGGGUACGCAGGGCCAUGGAGAGGCAGGAUCUGGCCAGUUGGGGCCCUCCAUGUGGGAGAGAGGUGAAAAGUGUCCCCUCUUGGUGGGGGUGGGGUGGGGCUGGCAGUGAGUGCAUGUGUUAGGAAUUAAAUGUGCAAGACAGACAGACGGUCUUCUGGGCCCAGUGUGACCCCCUCCUUUCCUCCUGAUCGCCAGACAAAUCCAGACACCAGCCUCUAGGGCCACCAUCCGGAGGACAGGGGAAAAAGGCCACACUAGGAGUCCAAGAACUAGAUAGAACUUCCCAGCCCGGAUUUAGCAAUGCAUUCCUCUCUAGAAAUUAAUAUCAAACCAACUAGCUUGUUUUGACAGGUUUAUUUCACAUCCUAUGAAUGUAUGUAAAUAAACUGUACAUAGGGACAUCGACGUAAAAUAUCUUUUAAUAACAUAUCGACAUUUGUGUAAAUUUGAAAUUAAAAAAAAAUCUACAAAGCUGGUGUACAUAUGUGACAAUUAUGUAUAUUUUCUUUGUUGCUUCAUAAAAAAAUAUAUAUUUACUUUGCCAAUAAAAAGAAAAAAGAACUC